AUGGCACAAUUUUAUGGAUCACUAUAUAAUCUGCACAACAAUAAGGGUACGCACCAGCCAACGGAACAGGACAUACAAGAUAUCCUCACACAAGCUCAGCUUCCCUCACUUACCCCGACACAACGUGAAUCACUACAAGCACCAAUUUCUCUGACGGAACUCACACACACCAUCAAAACCCUUCCCCUGGGUAAAUCUCCUGGUCCUGACGGCUUCACAAACCAAAACUAUAAGACCUUCUCAGGUCUCCUAGCCCCUUACCACUUAAAAACACUCAACCAUAUCGUGACCAUGGAGAAACUGCUAGCAGAGAUGCUUGUAGCCCAUAUUGCUACCCUCCCAAAACCAGGGAAACCCCCGACAAUAUGCCAAAACCUGUAA